AUGCAAUCAAAGAGGAAGGAGAUGAAGAUGGAGUUGGUGUCUUGCGAGAGGAGGUUACAGAAACUAAUAAACAAAUGUACAUUCAAGCACUGUACAAAUUACAGUGAGAACCUAAAUGCUAUUGCUUUGGAGAAUAAAAUUAUAAGAUUUGACAAACCUAUUUAUAUUGGAUUUACAGUACUAGAUAUAAGUAAGACACUGAUGUACGACUACCAUUAUAAUGUAAUGCAGAGACAUUAUGGAGACAAAAUUAAAUUAAUGUACACUGACACAGAUUCACUAGUAUAUCACAUUCAGAUGGAUGAUUUUUAUGUGGACUUGGUGGCUAACCCUAGCUUGUUGGACAGGAUGGACACCGCCAACCUGCCCAGUGACCAUCCUUGUUAUAUAGCAGAGAGAAAGAAGGAGCCGGGGCUGUUUUCUGAUGAGGUGGAUGGGAAUAUAAUCACUGAGUUUUGUGCAUUGAGGGCAAAGUCCUACGCUUUCAACAUACAUUCUGGAGCGGAGGACAGAGUUGGUGGUGAAAAGAUCAAGGCGAAGGGGAUCAGAGCUCAUGUGGUUAAGAAUCACAUGACUCUUGAGGACCAUAGAAAGUGGUUGUUUGAUGAAGCUGGAGUGGAAUUAUACAAGGAGAAUGUAUCGAUACGGUCGUUUAACCACCAACUUAAAACAAUAAAAACUAAAAAGUUGACAUACAACAGCUAUGACGAUAAGAGGGCGGUGUUAGAAGAUAAAAUAAAUACACUGGCCCAUGGACAUUAUAGUUUAGAGGAAGAUGACAUAUGGUCAAAACUUGAGGAAGAUGGAUGGAACUGGAACGAGGAAGAGAAAGAUUUGAUGAGACUGCUACUGCAAUGUAUAACCUAA